AUGUCUCACGAAGGAAGUUCUCAUUCGGAAUCUUCCAGUAGCUCACCAGGCCAAACGCCGUUCUUCCAAGAGCACUUCAUCAGAGAUUCCAACCAGGAUAUAACGGACCUGACCCUUUUCGGAUGUCCCGCUCCAACCUUUGUUAGAACUGGAACCGUGAGGAGAGUCAGAUCCUCAUCACUGAAGAAAGAAAAAGAACUCAAUUGUAUCGCAAUUUCUAACGAAGAUACCGAUAACAACAUCAUAGUGACGAAGACCCAGGAACAAGUAGUUAAUAGCCGAUACAGAAGGUCCUUGGAUAGUAGCUUUAGGCAUAGUUUGGAUUCGAUAUCCGAGCACAAAACGAGACGCUCGUUUUCACCUACCUCCCUGCUGAACACCACCAGUAGAGAAUGCAGUUCCUUGGAUUCCUCCUCUUCAGAACACACGGACAACGCUUUGAGGAGUCUCUCAGAUAAUGUGAUGGAGGAGAAGGACAAGACAAUCCAGAGCCCCAACUCCAGUUAUCUUACCUGGAUCGAAAGCGUAAACAGCGAGUACUUUGGGAGUGCCGUUUCCGCUGCGGAAGUUGACAAUGUUGACAAUAAAGUUGGGGAGUGGAACAACUUCUGGUUGAACUAUAAUAAUGCGAGAGGCCGUUAUCUGUCUAGUCCUUAUCUCAAUGGAGAUGAGAGAAUGGCUGACGAUGGCUCUGAAGUAAAAAGUACCUGCAGUACUCAUAGAGACCUGACGGACAAGAAUUCGGGGGAAUACAUAAGUCUGACCUUAGACGAAAUCCACGAAACUGUCAGAUGUGCUCAGCGUAUAACGGAAAUUUUGCAAAAUGCCUUAAGAAGAAAUGACCAAGACAUUGAAAAUUUGAAUAUGGAGAAUUCUUAUUACUCAGAAUCAUUUUCCAGACAGAAUUCGUCAGUCAAAGAAGAUUACAGGGAAAUAACGAAAGAAGACAUCAGAAAUGUUGCAAGGGAGAGAUCGAUGUCGUACGCCGUGACUUCGGCCGAACUGCUGAAACAAAAAGAACUGCUGAAGCCUGCAGUACAAUCGUCCAGUACCAGUUGUAUAAACGCCUUAUUAAAUACUGGGGUGGCGGAUAUUUUAAAAAGAGUAAUAAACAAAAGGCGAGAUGUUAUUUCUCCCGAUUCUAUGCCGUCAGCGACAAGGAGCAGCUUUUCCGAAUGGAGCGGGAAAUGAUUUUUACUUAUCAAGUAUUUUUAUAACAGCAAAUACUAUGUACAUACAUUUUUAUAUCUAAGACGUAAAUCUGCAAAAUGAUUUGUAAUUGGAUGU